UCACUUCUCAAAUGAGGAAGUUCAGAGCAGAGCUUGUGGCCGCUUCCUUUUACAGCUCUCUGACACAAGUGGAUGAACAAGUGAAAGAAAGGACUAAGUCGUUACGCAGCAUGAAAUGAUGAAAGCAGCAAGAGACAAAAGCUGAGUUUACUUGGUUUUGCCGGAGAAUAGUUUGACUGGGGCAGGUGCAAAACUCCCACACUCUGAUUCUGGGGUGAGGAACAGGAUGCAGAGUUAUCAGCCUUGGUACCAUGGCAAUAUAAUUCGAUCCAAAGCUGAGUAUCUUCUGUCCAAAGCGGCAAGAGAUGGGAGCUUCCUUAUCCGGGACAGCGAGUCCAUACAGGGAGCGUAUGCCCUCUGUGUUUUAUACCAGAACUGUGUGUACACAUACAGGAUCCUGCCCAAUGAGGACAGGAAGCUCUCUGUCCAGGCAUCUGAGGGAGUUCCUAUCAGGUUCUUCACGAUGCUGACUGAGCUGGUGGAGGCCUAUUACAGUCCCAACAUGGGCCUGGUCACGCAUUUGCAGUUCUCUGUCCAGAGGGAGGAGGAGGUAGAUGAGGAACAAGAAUCCAACAGUCUUCCACCACAGCUUCCACCCAGGAACUUCCCACCCACUGAUUCCAAAGACGCUGACUACAAGUCUCCUGAACAGUUCUGCAAAUCUUUGUCAGACACUUACCUGAUGAGACUGCAGCAUAUGGACCUGUCCACAAUAUCCGAGGAGCAUCAAAUGGCCAUCCAAGAAUACUUCAUGAAUUCAAUCUGCUUGGAUGUUGAACAACUACAGAACGGUAACCCCAACCUCCCUGGACUUAAGAAGCUCAUAAUGUCAAUCUGCAAGACUCUCAACAGUGAAAUUUCAAAUGUUCUACCAACUCUGGAGGUCGUCCAUAAAGCGUUGGACCAACAGCUCUCCCCGGGGUUUGGCCAAUAUCCAAAAAUUUCUGCAGAUUCAGGUCAGUCUGUGUCCUUUAGGCUCGAGCGACUGACAAAACUGCUCUACUCAAUAGAAGAUAAGACUAAAGGUUCUGUGUUUGAGAUGGUUGGAUUUGAAGGAGGUCACAGGAAAUCCCUCAUCCCGGCUGUCACAUUCGAGGUCAAACAAGAAUCUCUUGGUAUUUCCACAAAGAUGUUCCUGAAAGUGGACGUCGAAAGUGGGAAGCUCUACUUCAAAAAGUCAAAGGAUGGCCCUGAAGAUAAAUACUUUGUGCACAAUAAAAUUCUGCAGCUGGUGAAAUCUCAGACGAUGCAUGCCAAGCUUGUCAUCAUGCUGGAGACGGAGAAAGAGAAGGUUUUGAAGAAAGACUUUGUCUUCGACGACACGAAGAAAAGGGAGGGUUUUUGCCAACUACUUCAGCAAAUGAAGAACAAAUACUCUGAAAAGCCUGAACCUGACAUGAUCUCAGUAUUUGUUGGCACCUGGAACAUGGGAAACGCCAGUCCUCCCCACAAAAUGAACACGUGGUUUCAGUGCAAGGGCCAGGGGAAGACGCGAGACGACACCGCCGAUCACAUUCCACAUGAUAUUUACGUGAUUGGGACUCAGGAGGAUCCUUUGGGUGAGAGGGAGUGGGCAGACACCGUGAAGGGAGCCCUGAGGAACAUCACAAACAUCAGCUUCAAACAAGUGGCGACUCACACUCUGUGGAACAUUCGGAUUGUGGUCCUUGCCAAGCCUGAGCACGAAAACAGAAUCUCCCACAUUUUCUCUGACAGCGUGAAGACGGGCAUCGCCAACACGCUGGGAAACAAGGGCGCAGUGGGCGUGUCCUUCAUGUUCAACCGCACGUCGUUUGGCUUCGUCAACAGUCACCUGACCUCCGGAACCGAGAAGAAACUCAGACGCAAUCAAAACUACACCAACAUCCUGAGAUUCCUGAAUCUGGGAGACAAGAAGCUGAAUCCGUUCGACAUCAACCAUCGGUUCACUCACCUAUUUUGGCUCGGCGAUUUGAACUACCGUGUUGAGUUUCCAUCUAAAGAAGCUGAGUACAUUGUGACAAAGAUCAAACAGCAGCAGUACCAGGAACUCCUCUGUAAAGACCAGCUCAGCACCGAGAGGAAUGACGGAAAGGUCUUUCUGCAUUUUGAUGAGGAGGAAAUCACUUUUGCACCCACCUAUCGUUUUGAAAGAGAUACACGGGAGAGAUAUGCCUACACUAAAGCCAAGGCCACAGGGACAAAAUAUAACUUACCCUCAUGGUGUGACCGUGUUCUGCGGAAGUCAUAUCCUCUGGUUCAUGUUGUGUGCCAAGCAUACGGUUGCACAAAUGACAUCAUGACGAGUGACCACUCACCUGUAUUUGCCUCAUUUGAAGUUGGUGUAACUUCACAAUUUGUCUCCAAGCAAGAUCCAGACAGUGCACCUGAAGGCGGGAUACAAAUCAUGAACUGUGUGGCCACAUUGUUGACAAAAUCAAAGACGAAGUUCUUCAUCGAAUAUCAUUCCAGCUGCUUGGAGAAAUCUGCAAAGACUUCCGAGGGCGAGAACACAGAGCACGCCAAUGGGUCCAUCAAAGUUCGCUUUGGCAACCAAGUGGUGCUGACCCCCAUCAUCUCUGACCCCGAGUACCUUCUGGACCAGCACAUCCUCAUCUGUGUGAAGUCAACAGACAGUGAUGAGUCAUAUGGUGAGGGCUGUGUCGCGCUGCGAGCUGCCCAGUUCUGCUACACAGAGUUUCAGGUCACACUGACUCACCACGGAGAGAAGACAGGAGUCUUGACAGGUGGCAUCCAGCUGAAAACCUCUGAGGGCAAAUGCACCGAGAAGCUUUACGAUUUCAUUCAAAUUGAAAGGGAUGACCCCGCCACAUCAAAGUGUAAAGGCGGCGACUACAACAGGAGCUCCAGCGCCCAAGCGCAGGAUUUUUCUAACCCCAAUUACAUGGGAGUGUCUUACAAAAGUGGGAAUGUAGUAGAUAGAGGCUGGAGUUACAGUAUGCCACCAAAGACUCUUGCUGUCACUGGGCAAUGCGGCAAAGACUCCAAGAAAGGUGGUUUUGAUGCAAGCAUACGCAGUCCCACAGGAAAACCUAGUCCCACGAACGAGGAUGAAAAAGCGUCAGGAAUGUUUGACAAUCCGCUUUAUGGUGCAAUGGGAAAAUCCCAUGGUAGGGGAAAGGAACAAGACUUCCAACAGAAAGACCACCUCACACCCCCAGACCCCCAGUUUACAUCCACCAGACCAGCAACAGAUGGAGACGCUGAGCGCCCUCCGGUGCCCACCCCACGCAACCGCUCCUUCACCUGCUCUGAGAACAAACCUCAGCUUCCGAUCCCUGGCACGUCACAUCCUUCAGCUCACAAGAAACCAGUGGUGCCCUCGCGCUCAGAGUCUGGGAUAGGAGUCAGCCGGCCUCCUUUACCGGCUAAGUUUCGACCAGGCAUGCCGGAUCCUCAACCCUCUAAACCCAGAGACUACAGAGAAAACUCCGAACUCCCCAACAAACUCAGACCUCCAACAAGACCUGGCCAGUCCCAGCCUCACAAAGAUGUACAUCCGGAUGUUUCCAAGACGGGCCGUUCUGUGAAGUGAGACCAGUCCACAGCUGUUUCUAUCUCCUCAUGUAAAGGAAUACAUCACCGAUUUGCAUUUAGCGUUGUAUUACUAGAAUAGAGGUAGUAUUU